AUGACCGCCACCACUCAGUUAGCAACACUUGAUCAAUUUGUACCGGAAUUAAAGAAUAUAGAUUUUCAAGAUCAUCAACAACUUCAGUUCAUUGAUGGCAUCCCAAUAACUUAUAUCCUAGAUAAAUUGCAUCAGUUGGGACCAAAUUAUUAUAAUGACAAGUCAACCGCUUAUGCGGAACUUCAAGUUUAUGGAUAUGACAAGAAAUCUUUUUUCGUUCAUAAGGAAUAUCUCAUAUUACAAUCAUAUUUCUUUAAUGAAGCGUUUCGACAAUUGACCGAUGGUGACGUCAUAACCAUUUCCUUACCUUACCCUCAAGAUUUUGAACCUAUCCUAGAAUAUUUAUAUGAUGGGGAUGAUGGUAAAUUUUAUGAUACUUUGACGGUGGAUAAUUAUGAAAGAAUCUGGAAAAAUGUUGAAUACCUUGGUCUAGGAGUUGAACCAAUCUCUAUUUGUCUCGAUUUUCAUCAUCAUGUUACCAAAAAUUCCUUCACUAGUUGA